AUGGCGCCACCAACAUUAAUAUCAGAACUUGUUCCUAAUGAAUUCAACACAGAACAUGGCACCACUCAGUCAAUGGCAUUUGGUGAUCAAUUCUUUAAUUUUGACGAAGCUAUGAAUAUGCAUGUAAUUCAAUCCGAACAGGUGGAAGAUGAUACGGCUAGCAACAGUAAGAAUAUCGACAACAAUAAACAUGGUAAUGAAUUUUCUGAUCUAUACCAAGCACAUGAUAAUUCUGAUUCAUGGGAAGUACAGGUUGCUAGUCCACACAUAAAUGGUGAUAAUUCUACUAUAACUCAUAUACUCUUUGAUGAUGAGAGUACUAUUGACCUCUCAGGCACAGGAUCAGAUGCUGAGGAACAAGUUGAAAAUGAUGAUCCAUACAGUAGUAUUGAAACUCCAGUUGCAGAUUUUGGAUCUGCUAGUGGCAGUAAGGAACAAGUUACACUUACAAGUCCAGUCAAUGAGCAUCAUCAAACAACUACAUUAGUUGAUGUACCAGUUGACCAUCAAUCUGACAAUGCUACACUCCAGUCAACUAUUUUGGUUGUUGUACCAGUUGACCAUCAAUCCGACAAUGCUACACUCCAGUCAACUAUUUUGGUUGAUGUACCCGUUGAGCAAUGCAUGAAGGAAUUGAUGUGUUACAUACUAACAAGACAUGGAUUUUGGUGCCCAAAUCCCUUUGAUAUAAACUUGGUUGGCUCCAAAUGGGUGUUCAAGACAAAAUUGAAAGCUAAUGGAACAGUAGAUAGGUGCAAGGCCAGACUUGUGGCAAAGGGAUUCUCGCAGCUUGAAGGGAUAGAUUUUGAAGAAACAUUUAGUCCUGUGGUUAAAGCCACGACAAUUAGGGUGGUUCUAACCAUUGUUGUCAGUUCAAAGUGGAAAAUUAGACAACUAGAUGUCAAAAAUGCCUUUCUACAUGGCUUCCUACAACAGAAGGUGCAACCCCCUGGUUUUAUUGAUCCACAGUAUCUUCAGCAUGUGUGUCUACUUAAAAAGACACUGUAUGGUUUUAAACAAGCACCAAGAGCCUGGUUUGAUAGGUUUAGCAUGCAUCUCUUACACCUUGGUUUCAUUUGUAGUAAGGAUGACCCUUCUUUAUUUACUUUGCAAACUCACAAAGGCAAAAUAUUUCUCUUGUUAUAUGUGGAUGAUAUUAUUGACACAGGAAGUAAUCCAUCACAUGCCUUAGAGUUGGUUCUACAACUUGAGAAGGAUUUUGCUAUGAAAGAUCUUGACCCUAUACACUUCUUUCUAGGAAUUGAGGUGAAGUAUUUCGAAUGA